AAUAAAGAGAGAGGGAAAGAAAAAUCAAUUUUGCUUUGUUCACCUGAAACGUCAAAGGAUUCGGCGACGAAUUGAAUAGAAUUAGUAAGGAAGCGACAAACGGGUGAUGUGCAUAACAAUUUAUAAAAAGGGUAGUUGUUGAAACCGUUAUAUAAAUAAAAAAAAGAAAGUUUAAUAGGCCUAAUAAAUUAUAUAUAAAAACUGUCAAUUUAAAUCUAAGUAUACUUUCGUCACUUUCGAAUUAGUUUUGGGUCUGGGCGGUAAAAGUCAUUCGUGAAAUAGUGUAAAGAGAGAGAAAAUUCGCUCAAGGGUAUUCAAUUCAUCGGCCAACUUGGUUCUCAUUCGGUAAGUUUAUCUUAUUCAAGCAUAGUAUUUAGUUGAACUCGUACAGCUUGAAACAGAAUCAGAUUUUUUAAACGUUUGUAACGGCUGCCAUCUAUCUGUCUUCCGACUUUGCAUUCCGCUUCGAGAAAAUGAACGAUGAAAAUGUCUGCGAUUUGACUUUGGAUUUAGACGAAUUGUGCCUUAAAACUCACAAAAUUGAUAGGAUAAAGAAGAGAAGAAGAAUCUCUUGCAGAACAUCAUCACCAAUAACAUUUAACCUAGAUUCACCUCAAUCAAAAAAUUCGUCAAUGGAUUCCGGAUUACCUUUAUCAGACCAAAACGACGAUUUGGACGGAUCGUUUACAGAAUUAUGUGAAAAGAGGACAACGAAGAGAAAGCGUUCAGAAGAUGAUAUACCUGUAGUUCCUGUUAUCAAUUUUGAUUCGGCAGAAGAUAGUGCCGACGAGUGUUUUCGUGUUGUAAAGAAAGGUCCCAGACCCCAAAAAUUCCAUAAGAAUUACGACGAAGAGCCGCUUAAAGCAAAAAAGAAACCUUUAGAUUGCGAAAAGAACCAUGAAGAAGACAGGCUUCAGGCAAUGACAAAUAUAAUUGACUCGUCUCACAGCGAAAAGAACCUCAUAGGUGACUUUUCGAGACCCUACUCUCUACCUGUCGUUGAAUGUUCACGAGACCUAAGAUACAUAUCAGUUAAAACUUUAAAUGAAUUAUUACACGCUCAAAAUGAUUGGCAAAUCGACUCAUACAGAAUUAUUGAUUGUCGAUAUCCAUACGAAUUUAAAGGCGGACACGUUAAGAAUGCAGAGAACUUCCCUAACCAAACAAUCUUAGCUGCAGACCUAUUCACUAAAUUACCCGAUCCAUCUAAGAAGCAUAUUUUGAUCUUUCACUGCGAAUUUUCUUCUCAGAGAGCUCCUGAAAUGGCUCGUUUUGUUAGACAAACUGAUAGAAAAAUGAAUCAAGAGAACUUUCCCCAUUUAUAUUACCCUGAGAUUUACGUUAUCGAAGGAGGCUAUAAGGCUAUCUAUGAAGCAAAGCCAGACUCAUGCUCUCCUAAAGCCUAUUUGCCAAUGUUAGCCGAAGGGUAUAGUAGAGAGCUCUUGAAAUGGAGAAAGAGCAAGAGCAUGCAAGAUCGUACCCAAACACGAAGCAGAGCUAAGGUCUUUUCCAGGUCGAAGUCAUCAACUUCUCUUGGCAAGGUCAAAGCUAAUUUGCAUUCUUUGUUUGAGUAGACAGUCUAGUUUUAAUUGAACUGUUUACUUUUCAAUUCCGUCCGCAAUUUGUUAGUCUGCUACUAGUUUUAGACACGCUUGAUUGAGAUGCCUGCAUUGUUAGUUAAAUGUCGUUUUUCGUUACUAUAUGUUUUUUUUUGGACUUUUGAUACAAUUAAAUGUAAAUUUGAAUGAAUAAAUAAAUGCAUAAUUACAAACUUGAAACCGCAUAAGUAUAGGAAGAAGUGGCGCCAUAAAAGCCGCCGGGGGCGCUGUCAUUGACAUAGAAACUGAGCGACAUCUAGAACGUUAUGAAAAGUAAAAGUGUAUAAACAACGACGUCUAAUGAAAUUUAAUACUAUUCACUCAAAAGGCAUAGUAUUCCGUAAUUGCACCGCUGAGGUUUGGGGUUAUAUAAAGUCUUUGUUUAAUUAUCCUUUUAUUGUGUAAAGAAAGGAAAAGUCAAAAAAACGGAAAACAUAACAAAAAAAAAGGAGAAGAACGCUAUAAACUGUCAAUCCCAACAGAUUAUUUCUAUAAAAUUUUACUUAAAAAUUGUUCUUUUAAAAGAAUUAGCGACCUAAAUCUGUCAGAAUUAACUGAUUGAAAUCUUGGGGUAAGGUUAAUCUCAUUAAAUAGAGAUUCGUCAAUUUAUCAUUAAUUUUAAAUUCACAUUCGUAGUUAUUAGAAAUGAAUUCAUGGGCGAAUAAUGCAAAAGUCGAACGAACACAACAUGAAUUUUUUAUUGUCCUUAGAGAUUUGUUGCAAAGUGGAAGCGUAGGUUUUUUUUAUAUGGAAAGUUGGGUCGUUAGAUUAGUUUAUAUUUAAAUACACCAAAUUCAUAGUUUAUA